GUUCGUUUUUGAAUUGUCAGUUGUCAACUUGUCACUUGUCAGUUCAAUGUUGUCACGAUACGCCUUUAAACUCCAACAUUUUACUCGGACAUGUGCUAACUGCUAAGCGGUACCAAGCAGAACACCACAAUUUGUAAAGAAUGGCAAAUGUUGAAGGUGGAAGACUUCUGUAAAUAUCACGAAAUAUGAAAGAGGAAUACACCGUCUUAGCAGAAGGCUUUUCACAUGCCUGCCAAAGCACUGCUGUGAAGGAUCACCUAUUAAAAGCUGUGAGGCUUAAGAAUAAAGAGGUGGGAGUUGACUUUGCAUUUGGUGAAAAACUGUUGCUUCCUGAUUCAAUAGCUUUGAAUCCUUUGAAAGUUGAAAAUCUUGGAGAUAUCUCAAUUCCAGUAUCUGUUCAGGAUAUUCAAAGGCUGAAAGAAAUAUCUGAAGGAUCUUGUUAUGGAAAACAACUGAACAAGAUUUUGGACUCCUCAAAACGGCUCGCCUUGGAAAUUAAUUCUUCAAAACUUACCUCUACAAUUUCUGAUGACCUCAAGUUACCUUCACUGGCAAUUCAACAUCUCGGCCUGCCCUCUGAAUUGAUGGUUGUUCAAGCAAAGCUUCAGCAAUUGAUUUUGUAUGAAUCUGGCGGUCAUUACCACCGAACCAUGGAAUGCGAAAAAGAAUAUGGUUCGUUUGGUACUAUGAUUCUUCAAUUACCCGUAAAAGGCGGGCAUGAAGGCGGACGUUUCAAGGUGGAACACGGAGGAAAGGAAAAAGUGUAUGAAAACCACAAGGACAGCGAUCGAUGUUUUUAUGUUUCGCUAUUUUACGAAAACUGCGAACAUUCAAUGGAACCCGUAAUCAGUGGGGCCAAAAUAACGCUCGUUUUUAACCUUGUUUGGGCUAAUGCCCAAAAUAUUAUUCCGAAAGAUUUUCCUCUCUUUCUAACCAAGCUGAAAGGGAUAAAGGAAUCGCUCUCAUCUUGGAUGCCUCAUAGAUUAAAAGCGCGAAAAAAAGAAGUCACAGCUGAAGUCCAAGCUGAAGUCCAAGCUGAAGUCCAAGCUGAAGUCCAAGCUGAAGUCCAAGCUGAAGUCCAAGCUGAAGUCCAAGCUGAAGUCCAAGCUGAAGUCCAAGCUGAAGUCCAAGCUGAAGUCCAAGCUGAAGUCCAAGCUGAAGUCAAAACUGAGUAUUUCAAUAGAUCUCAUUCAGAAGAAAGUGUGAAAAAUCAAGAGGAAGAGGAAGAGGACUGUUGGGAUAGCUCUACUGGAUCUUCCUCGGAACAUUUUUCGGACUUCGGAGUUCUAGAAGAUCUCUUGUAUUUUGUUCUCGAAGAAACCUACGACGAAAAUUACUUUGGAUUUCGUCGACUUCGAGGAAAAGAUCGGGAUGCAGCUCAACUUUUUCAGUGUUGUGGAUUUCUUGACGUACAUUUAGCUGUGGUUACGGAAACCGUUACAACUAUACGUGCUGUAACGCAUUCUGAUUGGUGUAGUUGCCACGACUACGAGAAAAUGAAAUCUUCUAACAAAAUUUCGCGAUGGUUGGAUUCAGAAGAUACACCGAGGAAGUUGAGUAUUGAUAUAAAUUGGAAGGAGCAAUGUGUUGGACCUUGUAGGGAGCUUCCGACAUCAAACAGCAAAAAGAUUGACUCGAAAGAUAGACAUUAUAGGUGUGGUAAAGAGUGUUAUGGCACGGGGGAAACAACCAUUAGCGAAGAAUAUAUCCAUCACUUCAUUUUGGUUAUUUGGCCCAAGCGUGAAUCGUCUCGGAUGUAUUGUCGAUAUGGUCUUCGUUCGCUCCUGCAAGAAUUGGAAUUCAAAAGUUCAACUAGAUGGCUUAAAGAAAGCGUGCGAAAGGCAACUGAAGAUUUACGAGCGGUUAUUUCAGUAUGUUCUUCUGAUCCUUGGCAUAUGUGGAAGCAAACUGGAUUAGGAAAAGGCAAAUUGACAGAAAGAUUGCUACGACUGUGUAUUGACUUGGGAGCACGUGAAGAAGGUCUUGCUCUCAUAAAACUUUUAGGUACAGAUUUUUCAUUACCACAAGAAGGAACCAGCAACAUUCAAGAAAACUUUGAAGGAAUCAAAAGUGAACAAGUUGCCAAGGCGAUCGUUGAAUUCGAGUGUCGAGUGACUGGUUGGAGUGACUGCGCUUAUGUAAUUGAGAAAAUUAUUUCUCCUAAUCGAAUCACCCAGCAGCUCAUGCCCAUAAUCAAAUUGGCUCACUUCUUCUUGAACUUCGAUUGCUUAGAAGGAGCCAAUUUUGUUGGAGAUCGUAUUUCUUCCGCAUUCAUUAACAUCGACAAAUCGCAAGCCCACAAGCUCGCUCCGCAACACACUCAUAUUUGGGCUUAUCUUGAACUGAUAUUAGUACUUGAAGCCAAUCCCAAAACUUCUAAUCAAGAAAGAAUGAAGUCUUUUGCUUCAUUUUUCUCUAAACUGGAAUUUUCAGUACUGUGCGACCUUUUACCAAAGAUGGAAGCUCAAGCCAACUCGCGUCAUGAGAACUCGGAAUCACACAAGACAAUUUUUAAUGAGUUGUGUAAAGCUCUGACUGACUAUGAUCUUCGUUCCCCGUGUAUCAAGAAAGCGGUAGUUGACCUGAUUUGCAGUUACUUUAGGACGAGGAACGCAGAAUUGCUUCGAUCUUUCCUAUCCAACAUCGUCCGCGCUCACGUUGCUACCAUAGAAAAGGAAACUCCUUCGUCGAAGACAUUAUUGGAAGAACUAAUUUCGUCUCCUGAAAUAUUGAACUUGGAUCUUUCGUCUGACCUGGGCGAGAUUUUUAUGGAAGUGCUUGUUGAUAGUCAAUUAACUUCAAUGAAGAAAGAAACAUCGGCAUCAGCCAAUCGAUUGGAUGAUGGAUCUUCUCUACUGUCAACUAAUUUAUCAUCAUGCAUUCGAUUGGCGAUUGCAAGUGGAAAUCAAGAAAGAAUGAAGUCGUUUGCUUCAUUUUUCUCCCAACUGGAAUCUUCAGUACUGUGUGACCUUUUAUUAAAGAUGGAAGCUCAAGCUAACUCGCGUCAUGAGAACUCGGAAUCACACAAGAAAAUGUUUAAUGAGUUGUGUAAAGCUCUGAGUGAAUGUGAUCUUAGUUCCCCAUGCAUCAAGAAGAAAACGGUAGUUGACUUAAUUUGCAGUUACUUCAGGACGAGGAACGUAGAAUUGCUUCGAUCCUUCUUAUCCAACAUCGUCCGCGCUCACGUCGCCUCUGAAGAAAACGAAACUCCUUCGAUGACAUUAUUGGAAGAUGUAAUUUCGUCUCCUGAAAUAUUGAAUUUGGACCUUUCGUCUGACCUAGGCGAGAUUUUUAUGGAAACGCUUGUUGAUAGCCGAUUAACUACAAUGGAGAGAGAGACAUGGGUAUCAGCCCAUUGUUAUCGAUCUUCUCUUCUGACUAAUUUAUCAUCAUGCAUUCGAUUGGCGAUUGCAAGUGGGAAGAAUACUCGCAUACUCGAUGCACGGCGAGCGAUGCCAAUUGCGCACAUACUGGAAAAACUGGAUGUUCUUCAAUUGACCGGCACUUUUACGGAUCUAUUGGAAAACAACUCAAAACGGUUGAAAGCGUGUCCUUCCUACCCCACGAUGAUUUCUCUUAUUGGCAAUUCCUUGGUUUCGGAAUUGAAGAAGAAUGCAAGAGACAUCCUCACUAGGCGAACUCUUCUGAAUGUGUUAGAUGUUUUUAUCGAGUCGGGUGUUGCAUCAUUAACACAAUCUUUAAUCAAGCAAGUCUGUGCCAAUGAAGAAUCUGGGACCCGGAGACAUCAAGAAAAAUACAGUUUUUUUGCUGGCUUAAUUAGUACUCCGCACGUGUGGGAAAUACUGGAUUCCAAAUCGAAGCUGAUCAUCUUGAAAACCUGUGGUUCUAUCAUACAGAAUUGGAUCAUCGAUAUGAGUCGUUCCAUCACUGAACCUGCUAUCGAGAAAUUACCAGAACUGAAAGAAAUCCUCAAUUGCAUCCAGUUUUUUUUCCUAGUCGAAAGAAAUGUACUUCAGAAUGAACGAACAUUCGACGCUCCAGUGUUUGAACCAUUAAUGGCCAAUUUACCAGUUUCCUUGCUCAUGAACCUUGUUUUGCAUCUCUACCAAUCGGAAGCCGGAACAAUCGUGAAAUUUCCCGCCUGUUUCAAUUUUUAUCGCGACACAUCCAGACUCUUUUUUACCAUGAAAUUUGUGCCACUUGUCAAGCGCGAGGAAGCAAUCCGCCUUUUGAAUUUGCUCUUGUGGCUGGAAGAUGAGCAAUCUUGGCAAUCGUUCGCAACAAGUGUUUCCACAGCUUUUCCAUCAACUAGCACCUAUAUCUUUCUACGCCUCUUCUUGAAAAAUCCUGUCAUCAAGCAAGCCUUUACAGUUUCUAAUCUUGCUUUUGUUGCCUUCGCAACCAUUGUUGACAACUGUUCACUGAAAUCGGCGUCUUUGAAGGAACCACCAUUUAGCUGGCACCAAUCUGAAGCAGUUGUACCGAAUCAUCCUGAAGUUCAAGCUUUUCUUCGGUCCAGUCAAGAAUCCAUGACCUACACGAAGUUUACUGGAAUCGCUGAGGCUCGCAAUUUCGCCGCACAACUUAUGAGAGGGUCUAAAAACUUUAGCGUUUCUGUUACUACGUCUGGCGCUGGCAAAAAUUCGCGUUGCAUCAUUACGAAAACCCGUAAACAGAACGAACGCGACAAGGACGAAUCUUUCAUCAGAAAAGGUGAAUUGGAAUUAUUGGUGAAGCUCCGGGAACGCCUAGGUCAAGAAAAGUUGAAGACGAAACGUGGAACAGCCGACGACGUCAGUGUCAUCCCUUCACCCAAACGCUGCAAGCGCGAAAAAAUGUGAUAUUUUGUUUGUUUGUUUUUAACUAAGAAAGUUCUUUGUUGUCUUUUUUUAAAACUAAAUUUGCGAUGCGUCCUGUUUUAUUGCGGAAUCGCUUGACUCUAUACCAAUAAAUAAAGAAACGCCU